GUCUUAGUUAUGGACGCUUUGUCUGAUCCUUCUUGACUUACCAAUGAAGGAAAUGGUUGUCUUAUAUACGCCUUCAUUCAUUUUACUUUCAUUCUUUUGACACAGAAUCUUUCCAUCUUUUGGGAAAGAGCGCUCCAUACGUUAUCGUUAUAUUUUGCAAGGCCAGGCGACGACAGGAGCGCUGCCAGACCAAGUUCUUCGGCACAAGAAUGAACUCCUUUCAAAAUAUGGGCGACUAUAGCGACAAAAAGAUGCCCUCAGCUCGAGAGCCGAGCAAAAAGAUAAUAUCGUUUUCUACAAGGCAUCAUCUGAGAAGAACAUUCUCGAUUAGCAUGACAAACAGCCUUCAGCGUCUGAAGGAAAAGUGGGAAACCUCGAUACAAACGGGACAUUGGCCAUUAGCUCGGGCCCAAGGAAAAGCACAGAGUGGGGGUAGCUGUUAUCUUGUUCAAUUGCCGACGGAAUUAUUGCUGAAGAUCACAUCAUAUUUGCCGGUGAUUCCUCGGGCGUGUCUUGCCUUGACCUGCACGCGACUAUUCUUAGCAGAUGUUACUGUUCUGAACUCAGAAAUCCUGCGUUUCACUCCGGACUUUGCGCCGCUCUUCAAGCACUAUCGGAACCAAUACAACUUUGUGACUCUUCGGUGGCAACUCAUCAGACUCCUAGAGAACAAGCGGUGGCUUGCUUGCUCCAGAUGCUUAAAGCUACAUAUGGUGGCCAGCUCUCCCCAGAGAGAACGGAAAAAGCAACCUGAAGAUCGAAUUUGUAAUCUCGGGGAUCUCGCUGGCGUAGUUGAUUUAUGUCCAUGCAUCAAGUUAACCUUUCGCGGAAAGAUGGAGCUCGUUGACCUUCUGCGAGCGCGACAACAAUCUCUGACGGCUCUAGCAACGCAAUGUGGCGUUAGUGCCCAGGAACGCUUCUACUGGCACUCUUGCGUCAUGAACUACGGACCUUCGGAGAUAAAAAUUCAGAUAUUACCUGAGCUGGGCGAAACCGACAUGCUGAAAGUCAGAGUGGAAUACAAGUUAACGAUAGAGGCAGGGCAGCUUGGAAAAGAAGAGUCCAUGAUACCCCGUUUGGGAUGUGCACACCGGGCGGUCGAUAUGUGGCUUGCCAGCGUCUGUAACACAUGUGACGAAUUCAGUUAUACGCCGUCGCAUAUAUCAAUUUGCAGUAUAUGCAAUACUAGCUUGAUAUGCCCCAGGAAAGGGCCAUUACGUAUAGAGGAAGGGUCAGGAAAUGCUGUAUACGACUUCUAUACUGAAAGGUGUCUCGGACCUGGGAAUGUGUCCAUUCCAGACCAACAGUGGGAUGCUCAGAGGAGCCAUCCUGCAGGAGAUCGGCGAACCGUCGGUGAUUGUGACAAGCACGGCCCUUGGAGUCCCAACAAGUAUCGUUUCCUCUCAUAACCUAUGGAAUAGAUGUGCUUGUCAAUACCUAUCUACAGGUUAGGCAAUAUACAGGAGGCAAGUCCUCUAGGCUUUUCCUCAUGGCCAUGGCCAUCCAUCAAGGCCCCAUGCAUCUACUGCAGCGAGGUGCUAGCCACUAUGAUCCUAUUUCUCUAUUCCAGGUGUCGCCGUCUGCCGACGCUGUCGAAGUACGACAGGAUGUAUAUUAGAUGCAGUAUUAGAUAAAUAAUUUCCUGUUAUCAGAGCGAGAGCCGCG